UAUCUCAAUGAUCCUUAACAAAAGAGCCUAUUUGAAUUAAGGUGCCUCCAAUUCGAAUAUUUUAAACUAUACUUAAUAUUCUAAAACGAAUGAUCAAAACAUAUCAAUUUCGAUAUAUUUGGAGCAUGUGACAGAUCACAGAAAGAUAUUGGCAGAACAAUGGAUCCUGUGUCUUAAGAAUUAUCUCGUCACCAAUUAGCAAUGCGGCAAAUUUUGCCAAUCAGAAAAUUUUUCACUCUGCUGUUUACUUACAAAGAGUCCAUUGUAUCAGAAUUUUAUCGUUAAAUAAUCAGGUUUGAAAAACUACUAACUUUAAAUUAUAAUUGAUCACAAUGGGAAAAACUAGAAUUUAGAAUUAUAUAAAUGCUAUCAUUUAAACAUGCAAUAGAAUCUUGGAAUCAUUGCUAGGUUUCAUUAACACCUCAACUUAACUUAAGAGGUCGGCAAGCAGCGAUCCUUGUCGUUUUAAGAGUAAACAGUGAUACCUAAACAAAAUAACAAACUAACAAGAUUUAAUUCAGAAUAAAUACAAACUCCAGAGAAAAAAGUGUUCAUGUACCUUUUUGAGGAGGAUGUAACGUUUUUGAUCGAUGAAACUCAAGUCGAAAGGGUGAUGAGUUAGAAUUCAGAUUCAGAUUUUAUGAUUCAAACUAUUGAUGAUGAAACCGACGUAACUGAGUGGCAAGUCAUAGAUCACAAAUAGUUAUUAAGUAAGAACCAAAAGAAAAUGCUUGAUGAUUUGAAACAAGUGAGAGAUCACUUCAAUUCUAAAUCUAAGCAUUCACAUCAAAUAUAGAUAGCAACAGAGUUCAUCUCAUAAUGA